AUGUCCAAAGCUACGGCUUCUGAAUCGACUCUAACACACCCGGGAAUACACAAGUCUGAAUCCAGAUAUCGUUUACUUGAAUCAUCGAGAAAUCCUUCAACCCUCGACACUACCCAUUCUCGAUGGGCAGUCCGCUUCGAGGGCUGGCGUACCGGCGCCAGUACAGCUGCUACCCUGGCCUUGCUAUCGCUCUUGAUUAACUUUGGUGUGGUCAUGUGGCUAGGGACAAAGCAGCCAGGCGGAGCUUUAGUUGAAGUGUAUCAUGGCUCAUGUGGUACCGUGGCUAAAGUGGACGUCUGGGUGCACUUGGCCAUCAACGUAUUAUCGACCCUCCUACUCGGAGGUUCAAACUACUGCAUGCAAUGUCUGUGCGCACCCACCCGGGCUGAAAUAGAUCGAGCACAUGCAAAAGGCAAAUAUCUCGACAUUGGUGUCCCUAGUAUACGCAACUUGUGGGCUAUUCCAAGGUCCAAAGCCUUGCUGUGGUGGGCUCUUGGACUCUCGUCGAUCCCUCUGCACCUGAUGUACAACUCCAGCUUCUUCAAGUCUCUUGCCACUAACGAUUACAACUACCUGAUCGUUACCGAAGAGUUUGUUGGUGGAGCAACUUUCAACAACUCCUACUACGAUGAAUACGUACAGAUGGUGACUGAUCAACAAGAGUUGAUAGGGACCCAGCGCGCAACAUCUAGUGGUCCUGACUAUUAUCAAAUCGUGGAUGCGAAACGAAUACAGACCGAAUUACCUGAGUACAACAGAAUUGAUCCGGUUACCUGCCUGAAAAGCUAUGCAAGCAGCUUUCUGAGCAACAAAAGACACCUGAUCCUCGUGACGAGUGAAGUUACGAUAGACCCCGAUCCUCAGUACCAGACUGGAUACUACACCCCGGGAGUCUAUGGUACGGUGUUGGGGUCUUCAGUCAACGUCUCAACCAGAGCAGACGAUCCACUUUUCUUCCAGGAUGCUGAACCAUUUGACAUUGACUACCAAUUCGAUUGGAUAUGCUCCUCCGUACCAGACGCACCAACGGAUUUGGACGCGACUUUUUCUGAGAUCGUCGGACAAUGCCCUCCAAGGUACAAGAAAUGGCUUCCACAGAUUGACAGAUGGAAGCCCCUUGGUCAAAACAUCGAAUACUGUCUCAGCGAGCCCGUCCAGGAGCGAUGUGCAUACACGGCUAAUGUUCCCAUCAUUGCUGUUGUCAUUAUCUCCAACUUCAUCAAGCUCGUUGCGAUGUAUAUAGUCGCCACACAGCUCCACGACAACCCUCUGAUUACUAUAGGCGACGCGAUCGAGAGUUUCCUCGAUACCCCAGAUCCUUCAACCAAAGGAAUGUGUCUGCUCUCCCGUCAUCAGGUUAGACGCAAACUCUGGCCGGCGCGCGGCAGCAACGGUGACAACGACACCACCAAUCUACGACCACUAGCUCUGCCCGCCUCUCUUCAGCGGCUUCAAUGGGUCCACGCCGCCUCGCGAACCCGCUGGGCUACCACCACCGGCCUCCUCCUCGCCGCAAUCGUGGUAUCCCUCGGUCUCUUCGGCAUGGCCAUGAACGCCAUCACCGACACCGGCGCGUCCAUCGCCUCGCUCGGCCUCGGCCGCGUCGACGCCGCCGCCAUCAUCCAGAGCUGGAGCAUCCAACGCAUCACCUCACCCACCCGCCAGAUCAUGGCCGCCGUCCUCAUCGCCAAUCUGCCACAAACGAUCCUGUCGUUCCUGUACCUGCAACUCAACGGCCUGCUGACCUCCAUGUGGCUGGCCAGCGAGUACGCCGAUUUCGCAAAGGAGCGCAAGACCCUGCGCGUCAGCAACGCCAAGGCUGGCCAACGCAGCACCCACUUCCUCCAGCUCCCCUACAAAGUGGCACUGCCGCUCAUGACCAUGUCCGGCCUGCUGCACUGGCUGCUUUCGCAGAGCAUCUUCCUCGCCGUGGUCGCCGAGUACAACUCGAACGGGAUCCUAGUCAAUCGCGUCGCGGUGGCGAGCUGUGGUUUCAGCCCGCUGGCCAUGCUGCUGACGGCGAGUAUGGGUGUCGCGUUGGUGGUCGGCACGGGCCUGCUGGGGUGGUAUCAACGCUUGAGUGGUGGAGGGAUGCCGCUGGCGGGCAGCUGCAGCGCGGCGAUUAGCGCGGCGUGUUGGCGGCCUGGUUGGGACGAGGGGGCGGCGAGGGGGAGUGUGCGCUGGGGCGUUGUGCCGGCCAUGGAGUCGGCAGUCGGAGGGCAGAUUGUACGACAUUGCUGUUUUACUAGUGGGGACGUGGAUGUUGUGAAGGCGGGAGGCCUGUAUACCUGA